UGUGGUUAUCAAAAAUAUUGAAAUUUAAAAAUUCCAUUUCAUUGUAUUUUAUUAUUGAAAAAGUUAUUAUUUAAUAGAACAGUUUAAAGUCAAUAUGAUUCUUUUAAUAGUGGCAACAAUUUUGAGUUUUGCUAGCAUUCAUUCAAUUCUAUUAGGAAAGCAGAUAUUGAAAUGGUGGAAUAAGCCUACAACAAAAGAAAAAGACCUGAUGACGCAAAAAAACGAUUUGAAGAAGGUGCAGAAGAGCAUCAGUAUUACAGACAACUUCGCUAAGUACUCGAGAAUACAAAGACAAAUCAACAAAAUAGAUGAAGACCUUAACACGUACAAGGUCGGAAAGAACAAUUUAUUCAUUCACUUCGGUUUAACCUACGGGUUAAAGGUGUUCUUCGGGUUGUUGCUGGUCGGGUUAAGUAUCUAUUACAGGUCUACUCCUGUCAUGAAGAUCCCGAGUGAUAUAGAUUUAACGCCAUUCGAUCGAUUUAUAUCGUAUCCGCAUUCGGAAAAAGUGGUCUCGUUUCAUUUUUGGGUUUUGUGUAGUUCAGCAACAGCCAAACUAAUAAAGUAUUGAUUUAUUAACACCAUUUAU